AUGGCUACGAAUAACGCAAACCUCCAACCCUUCCGAGCGAUCCGAGCACAAUCCACCCAAUCCACGAUCACAGUAUACCAAGCCUUCUCCCCCGAAAUCGCCGAACCCGCGCUGAGAGCCCAGAAAUUUGUCCCCCCAUUCUCCCGCACGCGCAUGACCUGGAUCAAGCCCUCAUUCCUCUGGAUGGCCUACCGCUGCGGCUGGGCCACCAAACCGAAACAAGAACGUGUUUUGGCGAUCGAGAUAACCCGCGAGGGCUUCGAAUGGGCCCUGAGAAGAUCCUGCCUCAGUCAUGUCCCCGGUAGCCGGGACCAAGACCAAGAGAAAUGGCGUCAGCGUCUCCGCGAGAGUCCUGUCCGUGUACAGUGGGAUCCGGAGCGAGACCUGUGGCAUCGGCCACUGGGGUAUCGGUCUAUUCAGAUUGGGCUCAGUGGGGAGGCUGUUGAGCGAUAUGUUGAUGAGUGGAUCGUUUCAAUCACAGACGUGACGGGCCUUAUGGGGGAUGUCAAGAGGGCACUGGAUAAGGCGGAUGCUGAAGGGGCGGAAGGCCUUCUUCCGGUUGAAUCUGUGUAUCCUCUGUCGGAGGAGUUGCGGGACAUAUUGGAUGCGACGUAA